CAAGCGGUGACGCAACAAGACAAAAAAAAAAUGAAAUUUAUCCUUUUCACGUCUUGUUAAUCAUGGCACAGCAGGCUCCCGAGUUCCUGAGCAAGUUCAUUCAAGAGAGGACAAAACCAAACUUUACCCAGUUCAUCAACAAUCACAUUCAGGAUGUCAAGACUGCAUCUGUGAUUGUUGCUCGCAAAUCUCCCGAGCAAUUGUAUGAAUUUUGGAGUGGUUUGUUUAAGUUUGAAAUAGAAAAGCAGAUGAAGAAUUCCCAAAGGUAAAAAUCAUACGUUUUUGUAAAUAUGAAAUCACUAUUACAUUUUUUUUUUUUCACUGCAGGAAAAUUUCAUACCAUGCCGACACAUGGAUUGAAGUGAAGAAGUCUGUGAGUGCUCUGGUAAGUCAAUAAGCAAAGCGAUGCAUUGUUUUCUAAUUUUAUUAUUGUUCAUUUCAGUUUCGUGCUCGUCUUCGUUAUC